AUGUUCCUUCCUCGCGUGCUCCUGAAGAAGGGCAUGCGCCCUCCCGCGAAACGCACCCCCAACCCUCCGCCGGCCCCGGCCCAAGCAGAAGAAGGCACCGCAGACCCGCAAGCCGUCCCUCCAACGCGUCCUGCAACCCUACAAACUUCCGAGUCCACCGGCCCCGAAUCCACUCAACAAACAGGUGGCCAAGCUCCUGACAAUGAGGCUCUGCUGGUACGCGGAAAGCGAAAGCUUGAUCAGACUCCACUGGCCGAGGAGACGACAACCGUACCAAAGAAAGCCAAGGGAGAUCAGCCUAGGAAGGGAUCAAACUUCACGCCAAAGCAGAAAUGGAUUGUGAAUGAUGACUACCUGAAGGAGGUUACACUUGGGAUUGAGAUCUUCUUCUCCGACUAUGCGCAUCGAGAUAGCACAAGCUCGCUCAAUAGACUCCAGAAAGUCAUCGAUGGAGAAUCAGGAUACAUCCAUUUACAGACCUUGAUCAGCAGUCGCUUGCUGGAUAGAAUGAAACCAUAUGCAACACACGACAUCAUCCGUCAGGCUCUCCAGUCCUUCCCGUCAGACUACGUCGAGAUAGCCCAGGAUGGUCUCCACGUUCGUCGAAAGCCAUCCACAUACCCACUCCCAUUCUUGCUCGACGAAGAAUCAGCAGCCAUCAAGGAGGAGGAGGAGGGCCUCAGCUUCUGGGACAGCCAUACAAUUUACGUGGAGCCAAGUAACCCACUUUUGUGCGUCAGGCCUACAAGCGUUGCGGCAUCGCUCUUGAAGAACGGAGACCUCUCAGCAAAAUUGCUUCCGAUCCAAGCAAUUCAAGUCCUCCGCCCGAGCUGCGCAUUCGUUGUUUUCAGUGGCUCAAUCACUCUUAGUAGCGGGGAGACGUGGUUGGAAAAAGGUCUACCUAAGGAUUGGAUUGUGAUGAGCAAGGAGGAGCACGAUGGACGGACGAAAGAGUACAAAGGUCUUGUAGAUCAUGACAGACAGCGACGGGCCAAGGCAAUCGAGCACAGUAAGAUACCUUCCGAGGCGCGUUUGCAGAGAAAAGCGAUAGCGAAAUCUAAACGAGAGCAAGCGGAGAGAAGGGAGGCUAGGGUCCAGAGAGAAGCGACGUACACCGUUGGAACUGUAUCUGAUGCCUUGAUCGCUUUUCCCGACCGCUGGACGUUCGUUCGCCUCAGCAACAUGCCUUGGAGACUUCCUGUCCAAACAAUCCUCAAGCUCGUCAAAGACAUCUCGCCGCGGCCCAUCGAAUCCUUUAUAGCGUUCCACACUUACGGUAAACUUUUCGUGAUUCUCCAGUUCGCAAUGAAGGAAGAUGCGGAGGCCAUUGUGAAGGCCUUCAACGACAAAGUCACGGCCUUGAAGGAGACGGACGAAUUAGGGAAUUGGUUGCAUAGACUCAGUUCAGAACAUGAGCCUAGAGCCUGGAAGGAUAUUCCGGACAAGAGCGUAUUCCUGAAUCCUUCUUCAACGGAUAGAAAGAAGAUUCUGAAGAGAAGGGCGAAAGCCAAGAGGGAAGGCACUCGUGCAAAAAUUCUCAAUCUUGAGGAGGCAAAAGCCUGCUGGGACCAACUGCAGCGAAAGGCGGGCAUCACCUGCUCCGGAGCUCCUGUUUCGGACUGA